AUGAGAGUCCUCCUAGCUUUCCUCAUUUGGGGUCUUUGUGCCCAAAGCGCCAGCUUGCCUCGAUACCACUUGAAACCUAUCUACCACGAAUGGCUCAGAGAGCUCAACGAGUUCCGUGCAAAGUAUGCCGAAGCAGCACAAGUCAGCAAUAUGAAUCAUUUGACGUACGACAAGGAGCUGGCGAAAGUAGCUAGAUUUCUGAAGCAAAACGAUUCAUGUUUUGACGAGAGCACUCUCGAACGGCUUGAUCGUGAAGCCCAUUAUGCCUGUUACAAAAACCCAUUGGAAGAAGACUUUGUUGAAUACACUGCACUUCAUAGAAAUGAUACUGAAGGACUCAACAACUUUUUUGGAAACGAAGAUUUGUUUCGUUCGGUUCUUCAUCCAAAAGUUGAAAAAGUGGGAUGCUCCUUUCUCCGCAGUUAUUGCGUUCUCAAAAUCUCGUCCCGUGCUGCUAUUUUCACCAACGUCAAACGUUCGACUGUUAGAGUAUUGUGUAUUUUCAGACCAAAAGACCAUUUCACCCCGGACGACCCUUUCUAUGGAAAACCUGGAUCUCACUGUUCUGGAGAGGUUACUAACCGUGGAUUGUGUAAAGUAACUAACAAGACAAAAAGCAAUGAAACUAUGACCCUAGCUAUGAAUAGCACUAAAACUUGA